CUGCCUCUUUUUCCUUGUACCUUAGGCAACAAUGCACACACUUGCCAUAGCAGCUCUGCACUUUCUAGCAACAAUACCGACACCGGUAUCUUCACAAGACACACUAGUAUCUCCACAAGACAUGGCAAUGCCCGGUUGCACCUCCAUAUGCCACAACAUAACUAUACCUUACCCAUUCGGCAUCGGCGAUGAGCAAUGCUACCGUAAUGAGGGAUUCAAGCUUGUAUGCAGCAUGGAACAAGACCCUCCCGUCCUGUACAUGAACAGCGCUGGAUAUCGAGUCAUCAAAAUAAAGUUGCCUAAGAGGGUUCUGUACCUUGACACUCAUGUCAACCGAUUGUUAGGAGAGCAGACUUGGUCGCUCAACUUAUUAGAUGACAGGUUCUAUCGUGUAUCAGCAGCUGAAAAUGUGUUUGCUGCCUUGGGGUGUGGUUUCAAGUUUUCGGUUAGUCUCCCCAAAGCAGGAGGCAAUGCUAGCACCUGCAAUUCCACCUGCCAUCCUGAUUAUCCAAAUAUGGCCACUGAUGGCACUUGCUCUGGUGUUGGCUGCUGUUAUACGACGGUUGCAGAAGACAGUAACAGCUACGUGAUCAAGCUUCUUCCCCUCGAUGAGGCAAACUCAACUCUGUCUGGCGGCCCAAGGGUGUCGGUCAAUGCCACAUUUCUUGUGGAAAAAGAGGAAUAUUGGAUGAGGACAGGAUAUGCCAUACCGUUGCAGAAGUAUGCUGCCACACUAGGAUCUGCUCCAGAAGUGCCAACCCAGACUGUAGUUAACUGGAUGCUUGGUAACUCAUCAUGUGCAGAAGCUCUGAAGUCAGGUGACUUUGGGUGCCAGAGUGGCAACAGUGACUGCCAUGACGACCCUCGUGGAGGAUAUGCAUGCCAGUGUCAACCAGGAUAUCAAGGCAACCCUUACAUGCAUAAUGGAUGCCAAGAUAUCGAUGAGUGCACACAGGCAGAUCCUCCCCCAUGCUUUGGACGCUGCAUAAAUACAGUUGGAUCAUAUGAUUGUAUCUGCAAAUCUGGAACUGAAGGCAACCCCACAGUAAAAGAUGGGUGUGUCCCAAUCAAAUUGAAAAUUUCAGGAUUGAUCAUUGCGAACGGAGUUGGCAGCGGUUUAGUAAUUCUGCUAUUUGUUCUUUCUGCUGUUGUCAUAAGGAGAAAGAUCAGGGCUCAAAAGGCUAAAAGAAGGAAGGAAUAUUUCUUCAAGCAAAACAGAGGGCUUUUACUGCGGCAACUGGUAGACAAGGAUAUUGCUGAAAGAAUGAUUUUCAGCUUAGAAGAGCUUGAAAAGGCCACAAACAGUUUUGAUGAAUCUCGAAAACUUGGUGGUGGGGGCCAUGGCACUGUGUACAAAGGUAUUUUGUCUGACCAACGAAUUGUUGCUAUUAAAAGGUCAAGGCAUGCGAUUAAGAGAGAAAUUGAUGAUUUUAUCAAUGAGGUCGCCAUACUUUCUCAAGUAAACCACAGGAACGUAGUGAAGCUCUUUGGAUGUUGUCUCGAGACAGAAGUUCCAUUGCUAAUCUAUGAGUUCAUUUCGAAUGGGACACUUCAUGAACAUCUACAUGUAUGUGCUCCACAAUCACUGUCAUGGAAGGAGCGAAUGAGGAUAGCCCUCGAAAUUGCAAGAUCUCUUGCUUAUUUGCAUUCUGCUGCUUCAGUUUCGAUAAUCCAUAGAGAUAUAAAGACUACCAACAUACUUCUUGAUGAUCGGUUGAUAGCAAAGAUAUCGGACUUUGGAGCUUCUCGAGGGAUGCCCAUUGAUCAAACUGCUGUCACAACGACCAUACAAGGGACUUUCGGAUAUUUGGAUCCAGAGUAUUACCAAACAAGCCGGCUCACCGAGAAAAGUGAUGUGUACAGCUUCGGUGUCAUACUUGUGGAGCUGCUGACAAGGAGGAGACCAUCAUCUUACAUAUCACCUGAAGGCUUCAAUUUGGUUUCACAAUUUGUCUUGCUGGUGAACGGGGACAGGCUCUGUGAUAUGCUGGACCCUCAGGUCACCGAGGAGGCGAAAGAAGGAGAAGCCAAUGAAGUGGCAGCAAUUGCAGUGAUGUGCUUAAACCCAAAGGGAGAUGACAGGCCCACGAUGAGGCAAGUUGAGACGAGACUAGAAGCGAUUCAAAGUUUGGCAGUUCGGCCGAGCCCUCCAUCAGUUGAAGAGAGCAACGCCAAUGCCAGUGCCUGCAACUUGAGCAGGCGCUAUAGUAUGGAAGAUGAAUUUUGGUCAUCAAUGAGCUUUCCUCGUUGAUCAUCUGCUUACCCUUCAACUCAAAGAUUUUCUUUCCCCUUUUUGUUUCGACUGUUUGAAGCUUCUUGUGAAGCAUCUGCAACUGUCCACACCGCAUCAGUGUGGGUCUCUUUUGAUCCAUUUGCAGCAAAUCUUUUUUGUAACUUGUGACAUAGGCUGAAUGCCAUUAUGAUUUUGUUUUGUACCCGCAAAAAAAAACGUUUGUGCAAUUUCAGUCACUACCUUAAGCAAAAUAGUACUGCCGGCCUUACAACAUUUCUUUAUUCUUUUGUGAAGUCGUCAGGGAGUACUAGACAGGCGCAUGUAGUUUUUUUUUUUUUUUGUAAUAUUGAGGAUGGCAACAGGUGCAGGCAAUAUCUCCUUAUGUAUAACUAUAUAUCACAUUCCUUUUGGCACAGACUAAAGCAAGCAUGAUGUAUGGAA